GAUAAAGUUUGACAAUUCUCAAACACUUGCUGCAGCAACACUUUUUUCUUCACCAGUCUCUUCAUCGUUUUGGUGAGAAAAACGAUGGCCGAUGGAUUUCGCUAUAAUGGUUUCUCUGGAAUAGCGUACCCGUUUUGGCUCUCAUCUCCGCCUCCGCCUCAUCCAGCUUCUGCGCCGCCGUUUCAACCAAGCAAUCCGGUUGAAUCCUAUGAUCCAACCAAAGAAGUGUUUGAUCCGAUGAUGUAUCCUGGCUCUUAUCAACGAUCGCCGGCUGAUUGGUCAAAUAACCCAUCGUAUCGUGAAAAUUCUCGCUCUCAGACUCCUUCAUCGUUUUACGCUGACAAUACUCGACUUGGAAAUUGUGGUCCUAGAGGUGAAGAUUAUUAUAAAGAAAUGUUAUCACCGAGUGGAUUUUACUCUUCAAGGGAAUCAUCAUCUGAUUUUGUGUCACUUCCUGCUGAGAAUUUCUCGGAGAGGCAACUGUCGAACUUUGCGCCUACCUACAACUCAGCUACCUUAGCUCCAGUGUCUUCUUAUGCAGAGAUGCUAAUCAGAAGUUCUCAGGAACCAUUCUUUACGCCUAUCACGUCAUCUAGUGUUUACGCUUCUAGCAAUGCUGUUGAUGAGAAACGUCCUGGAUAUUACUUUCCAGGCUCAGAUAGACCUGAGACUAUGAAUGUUGUCUCUGCUUCUCAUGUGGAGCCUUACAUAGGUGUUACAGAUUGUAAUCCAUCUUUGCCAAUGCAGAAUUUGAUAACACAAGCUCUCUUUGAUGGAAGUCAGACCGGGGUUCGUUUAGGAGAUGGAAGAUCAUUCCCGAGCAACAGUGAUGUUUGUAGUCAUGCGCCUGAGAAUUUUUUGGGAGCUCAAUCCAGCUUGCAGAGUUCCUCUGUUGAACCAGUUAACUUUGAUGUGUUGCUUGGAUAUGGUGAAGCUACUGGUCAUAUCAAGCCUUUGCCCGAGAAUCCAGAUCUUCGCUAUCGGAUUGCUGGCUUGCAAGCUUCGAGAAGUCCGGGAUCUUCCCACCCCCUACCAGCUAAUAUUAAUUACUCUUUGUCUCUGGUAAAUGAUAAACUAGAAGGUAGUGGUGUCUCCUCCCUUUAUCAUAGGCCUUAUACUUUGGUUGCUGACAGUGAGAAUGGUGUUUCUGAGAGCUCCGUGAAGAAUGCAACUGAAGAUUUAAAUUGUCACGAGCCUCGAUCUUGGAGCCACUUCAUGGUAUCUUCUGAGGGACCUUCAGCUCCCACGAUGUUUUCUAUGGGAAGUGCGUCACGUGGAUCUUCAGCUCCCACGAUGAAAGCGGAUAAUGAGAAUGCUCAAUCAGCUGUCAACUACAAACCCCCUUUCGAAGGUAGUACUACUCAGCCUAGUGAAGAUGUUCCAACCAACCAAAAGUCUUGUAAUCUCCAGGAACAAACAUUUGAUAUAAUGGAUAGAGAUAAGAAGAUCAGGUUGUUGACAGAUGUGGGUCUCGAUUUGAGUAGUAGAUCAAAUGCAGAUGAUGUCUCAACUGGCCGAUCACCUGAAAAGCACUUCUGUGAUCAAGGAGAUUUCCCAUCUCCGACUUCUUCUCCAAGAGUUUCUUCUGUGGUUAACGCCAUGCAUAAUUUGUCAGAAGUGCUUGUUUAUGAAUGCUUUAACAAUGGAAGCUGGCUGAAGCUGGAGCAACUUGAGAACCUUGACAAAGUAGUAGAUAAUCUCACAAAGUGCUUAAAGAAAAUAACUGAUAAUAAGUCAACAGCAGGGGAAGCCUCACUUCCAACGCAAGCUAUGCAUGAGGCCGCAAAGGGAGUUGCUAAAGACUUUCAAGGGUUUAGUGUCAAGCCACUAGACAGCUUUGGGGUCAAAGAACCGGUGGAUAAGAAUGAAAUGACUCAGAGUAUUAAGAGCAUACUUGCUUCCAACUUUCCUGAUGGUGAAGAAAACCACCCACAAACUCUCUUGUACAAGAAUCUCUGGCUCGAAACUGAAGCUGCCUUAUGUUCCACAACUUGCAUGGCUCGGUAUCAUCGGAUCAAGAACGAGAUUGAUAAUCUCAAAUUAAACAAUAAAGAGAUCUCUGCAGAUGCAGCAACCUUUAUGCAGGAACCUUCUCUUAACCCCCAGAAAUCGGUUCCCAUCAUGAACAAUGCAAAUGCAGAGAAGGAGACAACUGAAUCGAUCAGCAAACAUGGAAGCAGUUGUGGGAACAAUGUAGUAACAAUGAGUCAUGAUGCAUCACAAUGCUCUAGAUUCAACUCAGAUCCUGUGGAUGCAGUAUUAUCGCUUAUGUCCAGAAGCUUUACGGGUGGUUUAGAACAGACCAUUCAUGGAAACUUAAGGCCUGAUGCUGCAACCUCUGGAAAGAUACCAGAUGCAAUACGACAGGAAACCCCUGCAUCCACUACAGAGAACAAACAUAAUGAUGUUAUAGACCGGUUUCAGAUUCUGAAGCAGCAGGAAACAGAGCGCAAACUCAAGUCUCAGAAGUUACCAGAUUCAGACAUUGAUGUUAUAGACCGGUUUCAGAUUCUCAAGCAGCAGGAAACAAAUCGCAAACUCAAGACUCAAAACUGUUCAGAGACAAAAAAGGGUGACCAGGAGGAGAAACUAGAAGCUUCAGUGAUGGCUAAUAUUGGCAGAAGCAGCCAUGUGAGUGAUGUUAUGGAUAGAUUCCAGAUACUGAAACGCCGGGAAGCUGAACAAGUGAAGAAAUCUCUCAACAACUUGGAUGUAGAUUCAGAUUCAGACAAUGACCAGCCACAAAAGCGUGAUCAUCUCUGGUCAGCUUCGAUGUUCCCAAUACGUGGACAUUCUCAGAGAGAAACAUGCGCUGCGGACACUGAACAAUCUGCAUCUGGCAAAGGCUACGAGAGCCCGACUUCGGACUGGGAACAUGUAAUCAAGGAUGAUUGAGUAGUGGACCUUCCUUGGACAAGAAGUUUCGAUCCUAUAAUGAAAGCUUGUUAUUAUAAAUAAAAGGGAUUUGUAGAAGAACAUGAACGCCAUUAUGAAAACGUUUGUUAUGUAUGAUAAGGGAUAAAACUGCGUGGAUGGU